GUAUUAGGCCCGAAGAUGCAAAGGUGGCCAACAUACGUGACUGACCACGACCCCGGUUUGUGACUGAGGUCAGAUCAUUCUUGGGAAUGAGUGGUUAUUACUGCAAUUUCGUAAAGAACUAUAGUACGAUCGCAUCUCCCUUGACUGAUCUAACUCGACUUGACACACCAUGGGACUGGACCGACGAGUGUGAGGCAGCUUUCAAGCGUUUGAAGCAUGCUCUCACGCACCAUGAGGUUCUCAUGGUACCCGACCCGCAAAGGCCAUUCGUUGUGACCACUGACGCAAACCAAUAUGGGAUUGGCGCAGUGCUGGCUCAGCAGGAAGGGAAGAAGUUGAGACCGAUCGAGUACAUGAGCAAAAAGAUGCCUUCAAAGAAGUUGGCAAAGUCUACCUACGAGAGGGAACUCUACGCUCUAUACAAGGCACUUGUUCACUGGAGGCACUAUCUGUUAAGAAGGUUCUUCUAUUUGAGAACUGACCAUCAGACCCUCAAGUGGAUCAAGACUCAACCAGUUCUCUCCGAUGCACUCAAACGCUGGAUUGAAGGCAUAGACCAAUAUGACUUCAAACUAGACUAUUUGAAGGGAGAGUACAAUAAGGUUGCAAACGCGUUGUCUAGGAGGGCAGAUUACCUAGGUGCGCUGAUUUCUGAGUUUGGUCUAUCUGAAGAUGUAACUCGAUCGUUGGAGGAAGCCUACAAGGAAGAUCCCAUCACGAUGGACAUCAUCAACAAACUUCAGGCUAAAGACAAGGCCACUACUGAUGAGUUUGUGAUGGUGGAUGGGUUACUCUUUCUUGAGAAGGCAGGGUUUAAGAGGUUAGUUGUUCCAUCUAGAGAAACUUUGCGUAGUUUAUUUUUAGGUGAGUGCCACGAUGCAAUGGGACACUUCGGCUAUAAGAAGACUAGUGCUAAUUUAGUACAGCGAUUCUGGUGGCCUAACAUGCUUGACAAUGUGAAGAAGUAUGUGGAGACUUGUCAGGUCUGCCAGCGGGACAAGCCGCGGACUCAAGCUUCGCUUGGGUUACUCAAACCUCUACCCAUUCCUACUGGCCCGGGUCAGAGUAUCUCCAUGGACUUCAUGGACACUCUCGUGACCAGCAAGAAUGGCAAGAGGCACAUUUUCGUCAUAGUGGAUCGGUUCACUAAGUACGCUAGACUAAUCGCCAUGCUAGAGACUGCCAGGACUGAGUACGUCAUCAAGUUGUUCAUGGACAACUGGGUGCGUGAUUUUGGAUUGCCUAAGACUAUCGUUAGGGAUAGAGAUGUCCGUUUCACUAGUGAGAUGUGGAAACAGGCCGCUGAACAGAUGGGCAGCCAGCUUCAGAUGACUUCUGGGAAUCAUUCCGAAGCAAAUGGGCAGGCUGAACAGAUGAACCGAGUGGUGCAGCAUCUGCUGAGGCAUUACAUCAAGCCCAGCCAGGAUGAUUGGGAUGAGAAGUUGCCUCUCAUCGCCAGUCUGUACAACAAUGUUGUACACAGCACCAUCGAUGUCAAUCCUAAUCAGCUACAUCUCGGAUGGAAGCCUAGAUCUGCUCUAGACUUCCUCCUGCCUGAAAACGGAACCGCUGCAACUCCUGGAACCAUUGAAUUUGGUGUCCAGUAUGAGAAACUGUUGCAGCAGACUGUCGAACAUAUCAAGAAAUCUCAGGAAGUCAUGAUUGCUUUUGAGAACAAGCGUCGCCGACAAUCCACAUUUCAGGUAGGGGAACGCGUCUGGGUCAAGGCUAGUGAGUUGGGACAGGAGUUUGGCAUCUCUAAAAAACUAUUGCCGCAAUAUUUCGGUCCCUGGGAAGUCCUGGACAUUGUGGGGCAUGAUUUGGAUGGUCCCUCGUACGUUAUUCGUAUCCUUGGUCACUUACGCACUUACCCUGUGUUUCACGCCUCCAAGCUUGCACCUUUCGCUGAGACAGCACAGUUCCCAUCACGAAGAUCUAUGCUGCCCCCAACCAUGGAUGGCCAAGUGGACGUCGACGACAUCCUGGAUCACAGAGAUACGCCUGUUCCUAAGCCACCUGGCAGGGGAAGACCUCCCAAACCUGCGAGGGAAUACAGAGUACACUUCAGGCAUCAUACAGAUCCGAAGGAAGAUCGAUGGAUUUCAAGGGAGGAACUUGUCAAGACAGCUCCUCAGAUCGUGGCCGAUUAUGAGAAAAGACUGAAGGGGAAGGCACCAGCAUGAAGCAUCUCAGCGGACUUUUGAAGCUAAGGGGGAUGGAAUGUGAGGAACAAGC